CACGCCCUCUUGACGUUGGCUCUUUCCUCCUCCGCUUCAUUGGGUUCCGUCGUCACUUUCUCUUUCUUCAUCUCGCGACACUGAUUUUGAUUCGUUGACUUUUCACCUAAACCCGGUCUCUCUAUCCCAUUGACUUUCUCUACCUAGCGAACAAUCUAAUUCCCUAAUUUCGCCACAGAUCUAUCGUGAUAUUGUGAAGACGCACAUCAGAGGAGGAAGAUGAUUCGUCUGAGAACAUACGCAGGCCUUAGCUUUCUAGCGACUUUGGCUGUGAUUUAUCAUGCUUUCAGCAGUAGAGGCCAGUUUUACCCUGCGACGGUUUAUCUAUCGACCUCAAAGAUCAGUUUGGUGCUGCUUCUCAAUAUGUGUUUGGUGCUUAUGCUCAGUCUCUGGCACUUGGUGAAACUCGUCUUCUUGGGAUCCCUUAGGGAAGCAGAGGUAGAGAGGCUGAAUGAACAAGCUUGGAGAGAGCUCAUGGAGAUUCUCUUCGCCGUUACUAUUUUUCGACAGGACUUCUCUAGUGGGUUUCUUCCUUUGGUCGUCACUCUUCUGCUUAUCAAGGCUUUACAUUGGCUUGCCCAGAAAAGAGUUGAAUACAUUGAGACCACUCCUUCUGUGACCAAGCUCUCUCAUGUUCGUAUUGUCUCCUUCAUGGGGUUCCUUCUUCUUGUGGAUAGUCUCUUUAUGUAUAGUUCUGUACGUCACUUGAUUCAGUCGCGUCAGGCUUCGGUUUCUCUCUUCUUCUCCUUCGAGUAUAUGAUCCUGGCGACAACAACUGUUGCGAUUUUUGUGAAGUAUGUUUUCUAUGUCACUGAUAUGAUCAUGGAUGGUCAAUGGGAGAAGAAACCUGUUUAUACUUUCUAUCUUGAGCUUAUCCGUGACCUGCUUCACUUGUCGAUGUAUAUAUGCUUCUUCUUUGUCAUAUUCAUGAACUAUGGCGUGCCUUUGCACUUGUUGCGAGAGCUCUACGAAACCUUCAGGAACUUCCAGAUUCGUGUCUCCGAUUACCUUCGUUAUCGUAAAAUCACUUCCAAUAUGAACGACAGGUUUCCUGAUGCAACUCCCGAAGAACUUACCGCAAGUGAUGCCACAUGUAUCAUAUGCCGUGAAGAAAUGACAAAUGCGAAGAAGCUAAUCUGCGGACAUCUCUUUCAUGUGCAUUGUCUACGAUCAUGGUUGGAACGGCAGCAGACAUGUCCCACUUGCAGAGCACUUGUUGUACCUCCUGAAAAUGCCGCAUCUGCACCUGCAGGCCAACGCGGUUUACACCAAGGUUCUCAACAAGCAGGUACUUCAAGCUCAGGUGCCCAGGGCUCUGAAACACAUUCUUCUGCUGGCGGUUCCAAUGACAAUAUGAACAGGCACCACGCCAGGCUUCAAGCAGCAGCUUCUGCAGCAUCCAUGUACGGGAAAUCAAUGGUUUAUCCAUCUGCAAACAAAGUAUCAUGGUCGCCGGGUUUUCCUGGUAAAGAGCAAGUGUCAACUGAACCACAUGGAACUCAUCUUUCAUCCUCUGCCCGAUCUCAGCUUCCUCAACACAAUGUUGCUGGUGAAAACUCUCGUGCCUAUGCAAAUAUCCCAGAGGCUAAGCUGGAAGAUAUGAAAAAAUCUCUCGAGACCCAUCUCGAGAUUUUGCGAAACCGACUUAAUUUUCUGGAGAAGAGGAAAACGGAAUCCACAGGCGAAGCAGAUAACAAAGGGAAAAUGGUUGCGGAUGCGUCUCUAGAUGGAGCAGAGUGAAUUAUUAGAGAAACAAAACUCAGCUAUGUAACUGAGAGCACAUACAGAAAGGAGGAGAAAGCUUUGUGGUUUUGCUCAGAUAGACAAAAACAUGAUCCUCCCAAAAAGUGUACAUUUUUUUUAAAUUCGCUGUCAUAGAAUUAGAUGUUUGAGACUUAACGUACACUGUUUUUUGUUUUUAUUUUUAUUUAUUCAUGGGCUCGCAUAUUCAGGUGAGACUAAA